AUGUCUGUCGUUUCGCUCCUCGGCGUCGAGGUCAAGAACAACCCUGCCCAGUUCGACGCGCCUUACGAGUUCGAGAUCACCUUCGAAUGCCUCGAGCAUCUACAGAAGGAUCUUGAAUGGAAGCUGACUUAUGUCGGCUCUGCUACCUCUAACGAGUAUGAUCAAGAGCUCGACUCGGUCCUCGUCGGCCCGCUGCCCAUGGGUGUGAACAAGUUUGUCUUCCGUGCCGAUCCACCAGACCUGUCCCGCAUCCCGAACAGCGAGAUCAUCGGCGUCACAGUCAUCCUGCUCAGCUGCAGCUACGAGGACCGAGAAUUCGUUCGCGUUGGUUAUUACGUCAACAACGAGUACGUUGACGAGGCACUGGCCCUCGAGCCACCCGCGAAGCCUGUCAUCGAGAAGGUGCAGAGGCAAAUUUUGGCUGAGAAGCCGCGUGUCACGCGCUUCGCUAUCAAGUGGUAUAUUGCUCGUCCACUUGAGAUCCCCUCGUCUGACUGUCACAGGGAUUCUGAGGAGUCCGCCCCGCCUGAGUAUCCUCCUGAGCAGCCCGAGGCCGAUCUUAACGCAGACGGCGACCAAUACGGACUCGAAGAGGAAGAAGAAGAGGAUGAGGAGGCCGAGGGUGCUGCGGUAGAGGGUGAGGAUGCCGCCAUGGCCGGUGGAGAGGAGACUGCGGGUCCUGCGGCUGAAGACGAAGAGGGCGAGUCUGACGGCAGCGAGGAUAUUGACAUCGAAGACUCCGAAGGCGAGGACGAGGAUGAAGAGGAAGGUGGUGACGAUGAUAUGGAGAUGGACGAUGGCGAGCCCAGUGCUUCCAACGGCGACAAGCAAGCCCAGCAACAGCCUGGGAAAAUACAGCAGCAGCAGAAUCCGGAUGUUAUGGUGCACUAGGCUCGGACAGCGUGUCAGAGUAAGCUUGAUAGCUGGAUGUCUCCAGAGUCUAGGGUGGGUUGGUUGCUGUAUUCACAAGCGUGCGUUGGAUAGACGAAAUGAUUAAAAUAUACCCCUUAGUACUGCUAUGGAUUCAUUUGUUUUCCAAAGCAGGCUGUCUCUUCUGCAGGAUGCAUCACUUGGCUCUCGAAUACACUGAUGCCCUUUUACCCUUGAAGGGGCGAAAUGCAAGAGAAAUGCCUUGUCU